AGCCGCCUAUCUCUGCUCUCUGUUUGUUGGCGCUGGUGCUGCGACAGUAACAGCAGCAGCGGCGGCGGCCGCCGCCGCCGCCGCCGUCGUCGUCGUCGUCGUAACUGCAGCGGCAGCGGUAGUUGUAGUGCGGUGAUGAUAGUGGUAGCAGCAGUGUGCUAUUGAUGUUGCUUCUGGAGUGCUGCGAGUGGCGGUGGCAGUAGCUAUAGUAGCAGGCGCCUGACCGAUCGAGCGACGUCGUAUGCUCCGGAUUGUUGUUCCAUGACGACGGUGUCGCUGGUGGGGGUAGUGACAGCGGUAGCAGCGCCUCGACAGGCGGCGGCGAGGAAGAAGAAAAGGAAUCGAAGACCCGUGGAUCUCCCUUCAGUGUGUUGUGCUGUGCGGUGCCGUGAAGUUCCAACCCGGACCCCUCUCCGGCCCCACAACAAAGAACGAAUGCAGUGGUAAUAUGUCUAGUUAUGGUGACUACGACGGAUACUAGUUCUACUGCUGUUGUUAGUGAAUCCAGCUAGAACUGAGUGGUCGGCUAAUGCUCAGGCACGAAACGACAUCGUUUCCAAAACAAAGUAGAGAAAACUACCAAUGCAGCGACAACAAAACGAUGUCAUCGUCGUCGUUGUCGUCGUGCUUGCGGUGCUAUAUUCCGGCAUCGUCUUGAGGAGCACAGAAAAAUUCAAGUACACAGAAAAAAUAAAGUCACAAUCGUAAUUCACUGUAGUGAUGUACUUUCGACGACGUACCGACGACCUCAGAGGAGUUUCGUAGCACUAGUACAGGAAAUGUCGAAGUCGAGUUACCUUCAGCGGACGAAAAGUACGUCGUACGUAUAUGCGUGCGUACACGAUCUCAGUUAGUCAAAGAGUGGUGGAGAUACUGAUUAUUGACAUACGAUGAUUGUCGAGAUGCAGCGCUAGUUGACGGAUAUGUACCUGUGCGUAUUUCUGGCAAACCGUCAAAUGCUUUGGCGAAUCAGGAUAAUCCAGUAGACGUGCAAUAGUAGUAACUGGUCUGCCUACAAUCACUACAGGGACAGAGAAAGAGCUGUAGUGACGGUAACAAUCGGCAUUAACAGCAGCGGCAGCAACGGUUCUUAGAUAUACGCACGCGCCAUCCAGCCAAGGAAACAGACAGGCAGGCAGGCAGGCAGCCGACUAGGAUACGUCCAAACUCUUCCACCCGCCGCUGCAGCUGUGGGGUAUACGCUUGGUGUUGCGAUCGCUGCCUUCGUUGUUCCUGCUGUUGCUGUGCUGAUACCCCCCUCCGAAACUGCUUCUGUAUGUAAAUCAACAGCAACACUAGCAGCAACAGACGCCGGCUUGAAGAAGUUGUUUUGAGGGUGUACAAUAAGAACGGGCAUAAUUUAGUUGCCUAGAACGUUGGCGCUUAUCGGUCUUGUGCCAUAGGCCGUCGCUCGAGCUUGCCUUUUCGACCGAGACAACAAUUGCACUCCUGUUAUUGUUGUUGUUCUCUCUGUCGGCCUGUUUCGCCUGUCUGGCCUGUUCCUGUGUACUGUGUAACUGUUUGCGUUUCUCGUUAUCUUCGUAGUCAGCGAAUCGAGUUUAUGAGCGCGAGACACAAUAGUAAUUAUUAUUAUUAUUAUGCUGGUAUUUGUUGUGUAUGCGCCAAAAAAUGUGAUAUCGUAGUAUUUUCGGCGGAGCCGGCUACGGUGGCGGCCCCCCCCCCUAUGUUCUACGUGUGGAUUGCCUUAUUGGAGUGGACAAGUACAAAGUGCCUCCUUCGCCUUGUGUCGGGGGUCGCUUGCCCCUUCGACAGUGCCCCACCGAUGACUACGGUAACGACCUGUCAUUAACCUCCCGGAGAAUAAAAUUGUGCGCUACGUUUCAGUGGCAGCCGCAGCAAAGAAACAAAAGAAAUCAUAUUGUUGAUUUUCGAUAGCACGGACAAGCAGGUCGAACAGAAGUUGUAUUUACGAAAACGUUGUCAUUUGGAAUCGGUGAAGUGUGAUGUGUCCAGAAUCGCUUACCUCAACAAAGCAACUAACACCACAGAAGAAACAGCAUCAUCUGCAUCACUAUACUUCACGACUCAAUCUUCAUCAGCAGUCAGCUCUAGUGAUUUGUUUGUUUGCCCACUUGUCGCGUUGUGUCUUCCAGUAGAGCUUUUGAUCCUCACCUUCUUGCCAAAUGCGAGUCAAAUUGGCAGGGCUUUGCCAUGAAAAUUUGUACGUGUGUAUUUCGUGAAUCGAGGAAUAACGACUACCUCAGUGCCAUACCUUCUACACCAGACCACACCGUCAUCAUCAUCAUCAUCAUUAUUAUUUUGCAGGCAAAAUCAACAAUAAUAAAAAGAUAAAUAAUAGAUAAUAACGACAGGGACAUUCUAACGGAGCCAAGGAUGAUAUUUUUAAAUAGCCAGCCUUGUAACGCCAUUAAUAUCUAUUAUCAGUGGAGGCAUUAAAUGGUCAUAAUUUAGUCGACCAGUAGCAGGAAUUAAUGCUAAAUAGCUAAUGACCAGCGCUAAAAACCUGUCGCCUUAUCAAACAGUGUGCUGUUACUGCGGUAAAGGGCGCGGUGCAAUCCUAUCUGAACCCAUACAUUCUGAUGUUGCACCACCACGGCCAACCAGUGACCUACAAUUAUUCACCUCACCGAGCUGCGGUAGGAAAGUGGAGAUAGACUACGAAGCUCAGUUGUUGUUACUGCUGUUCACUGCGAUCUUUUUUUGAAUUGCUUUACUGGCCGCUAGUAUUGCUUAGAGCUGCUUGCUCUCAGCAGGCGGGAAAUAGGCAGUAGGCGUAGUAGAGACCUUAAGAAGGUUCGCCAAUCCGCGCUUUUUCCAUCGUCGGACCCAUCCGGCAUCAAGAUUCAGCCUCUUCGAGAGAACCACCACCACUUCGACGGAAUGGCGCCUGACGACGAGCUAUCAGAAGAUUCAAGCUCGCGUGAUACGCGCACUGAUGAAGCGGACGCAGAGGGCGUAUGGAGUGCCGACAUCGAGGAAGCUUUCCAGGAGGCGCUGGCUAUCUACCCACCUUGCGGCAGGCGAAAAAUUAUACUCAGCGAUGAGGGCAAAAUGUACGGGCGAAAUGAGCUUAUUGCGCGGUACAUCAAGCUGCGAACGGGCAAAGCGCGGACCCGCAAACAGGUCUCCAGCCAUAUUCAAGUGCUAGCCAGACGAAAAGCGCGCGAGAUUCAGUCGAAGAUGAAAGGUGGAAGUUCUGCUGGAAGUAGUGCCCCCGAUUCAACAACUGGCGGAGCGCUGAAGAUGCCCGGAAGCGGUAUGCCGUCAACAUCGGCGGGGGUUGCUGUUGGUCUCGCGGCUGCCGUUGGUGUUGGCGGAGUGGCCGGUGUACCCCAAUACCCUCUAAUGAGUUACCCUGCCAGCUUAUGGCCAGCACCUACGGCACUCGAUAUUAAGCCCUUCCAAAGUUGCGCGGACACCACAGAUUUGCUCAAACAGGAGUCAACGCAAGCCGGGCUUCCUGCUGCUGGUUUACCGCCGGGCUUACCGACGAUGCGGCCGCUAUCUCCGCUAAAUUCAACGCGUAUUCGUAGCUCGAAGUUGAAACUUUGCGAAUUUUCGGCUUUCGUCGAAAGUCGAGGAAAUAAUAAUAACAACAACAAUAACAACAAUAACAAUACAAACUCAAACGGCAGUAGUGGAAACCUGAGCGAUGACGAAGCCAAGAGUCACCUGUUUGUGCACGUCGGCCCGUCGCCGCAUGAGCCGGGUUCGUCCCUCGAGUCGAUUGACAUCCGCCAGAUCUACGAUAAGUUCCCCGAUAAGAAGGGCGGCCUCCGGGAGCUUUUCGAUCGGGGGCCGGCAGAUGCGUUUUUCCUCGUUAAGUUCUGGGCCGACUUGAACAUUGCAUCGAGCAUAGCGGACGACCGUAACGCUUUCUAUGGCGUCACGAGCGUUUAUGAGUCCCCGCUAAACGUCACCAUUUCAUGUUCAACAAAGGUAUGCUCGUUUGGCAAGCAGGUUGUCGAAAAAGUGGAAACCGAAUAUCCUCGACUAUGUACCGACUCGCACCAGUUUGUCUUCUGCGUGAAACGGUCACAAAUGUGCGAAUAUGUCGUUCACUUUAUUCAAAAAUUAAAGCGAUUACCUGAGAAAUAUAUGAUGAACUCGGUGCUAGAGAACUUCACAAUUCUACACGUCGUCUCGAAUCGGGACACCCAAGAAACACUGCUUUGUGUUGCGUACGUAUUCGAGGUGUCGUCAGCAGCACACGGUACUCAGCACCAUGUCUACCGACUUGUCAAGGACUAGCGGGCGAAAAUCCCGCAGUGCAGGAGACCUGAUGUACAGAACACACGGACGUUAGUUAGUUAGUUAGUGCAGUCCGCCCAGCCUGCAACAGCCAGCGAUAUCAGCAUCAGCGGUAACGCCUUCUGCUCGGGCAGUUAGCCGUAGAAGUCGCCGCCGUAGCAGUCGCCACCAUCGUCGUCGUCAACGGACACCAAGUCACUGCUUUACUCUCAGCAACAGGAUUGUUCACACUAUCACAGUCACGCUUUCGCAGCCGCAACAAAGUCAAUCAUCAACGUCAUCAUUCAGUCAGUUAGUACCACAGCAACGUAUUGUCUAUGGAAGUCACUAACACGUAUAUCUGCGUAUGCAAAUCUCCUCGAGUCCCAUAAUUGGAGAAAGCAGCAUCCUCUCAUGCUCAUCAUCAGCGUCGUUUUCGUCCUCACGUGCAGUCUUCGCCCAGCGCCGCCCCCUCGCGUCUAGUUGGGUACGAUGUUCUCAGAGAGCCAUUAUGAGCUCGAAGUUCGUUUGUCAGUCAGUAGUACGAGGCCUGGGAUAUAACUACUGCACAAUUUAAUGCUUUUCUAGUUCGUUGGCUCAAGGGUCAUCGAUCGUCACCAGUUGCUUUUGUCUGCUUCUCGCGCUACCUCUUCAUCCUACCAAUGGGGAGGGGAGGAGUGGUCGUAGUUGACACGUAAAGCAGCUUUGUUUUAUAGCCAUGUCGCUGUGGUCGGCAGAGCAUAUAUUCUGACUUAAGGUUAUAUUAAGGUGGGGCGGUCGGUUAGGCAGCUGGCAUUUUCUUCUUUACGCUAUACUUCCCAUCGAGCUUCCUCAUCUAAGCUAUAGUUUACAUAAAGCAAGAGGAGAAGCUAUUUGAUGCUAAGCGAAAUCAAAUAUAGCAGUGCGACUUUACAAAUAACAGCUGACCAUCGGAACAGUUGGCAGGACGUAGCUUUUAACGUCGAGUUACAAUCAACAGCCAAUAAUGCUAAGAAAAUUAUGAACGACAAGAACGUCUUUGACCAUCAUCAUUAUGACCAUAGCUCGCUGCCUCGACAUGAACCGUUGCUGGGAGUGUUAGCUAUAACGGCAACAGCAGCAGCAGCAUAUGCUCAUGCAGUUUGCUUUUAGAUAAAUCCACAGACCGCUAUGUAUUAUAUAAUAGAUAGGUCGAGAACUGGAAAAAAGGGCUUUUCUUCUCAUUUUUCUGUUUGUGUGAGUUUUAGCAACGUGUUAUUGACUUGGGUUGGGUCGGUCGUCCCAAGUAACCUGAGUACGCGGUGAUCCUAGUAGUGGCAUCAGCCGUGGUGCUCACGCUGCCUUGGCCAGUUCUAGGCCGCCGUUGCUGCGCUGAUGGUUACGCCGGUUGACCACAUCCGUUGAGAGAACGAGAAGAAGGCACGUUCAUAACCAACUCUGUCUGGCCUGACUGCCUUCAGCCCGCCUGCGCCCAUCAGCUCAUGAGCUUGCUUGUUCGCGCGCUGUUAGUGAUCGCGAACAACAACAACAACAACAACGAGCUCACCGAAGCAACCUUCCUCGCUCUUACCGUUAUUUCGACUCUCAGCGGCAAUCCUGGCACUCUUUUUGGAAUCAACGCAUGUCGCUCGGAGUCUGGUGUAAAAAAGGGCCAACCAAGCUACGGUCUGUCUAUCUUUCGACUGAGAAAAUCACUUUAGGAACACCGCUGUUGCUUCGACUGCCACAAUUGUUCCGUUUCUAAGUAUAAGGUCCUUCGUCUUCGCAAACAGUAUCGGCUAUAUAUCUAGGCAAGUAGUUCUUGUGUUAGCAUAGAAAAUUGGAUACCCCUCCAAGAGCGGAAGUGAAUAAAAGGAAACCAAUGAGACAAGAUAGCAAAGCAAUCGAUCGGGCAGUUUGCGACUGCAGGGUCCGAUACGACCUGCAGCUGUAACUUGUAUAUCAAAUCAUACUGGCUAGUACAUUACCCGAGAUAUCGUGACUGCGCAUAAUAGCAUUAAACACGGUACACACAGGGAUGUGGUGUUAUUGUUCGAGAAGUACAAUUGUGUUGACUCGCAUUGAUCAUAUCCGUUUAACGCAAUUACGUAUGUCGUUGUGCAUUUUGCAUUUGAAACUGUUGCUUUUAAUCUAUUAACGAUGUUGAAUUUCUAGAGCCAACAAUAUCAAAGCAUAUUUGAAAUAAAGCGCUCCCUGGAACGGUCUGAACGUAUUGCGCAAAAAGGACUUAACUUCUGAACGUACACGAGUGCCUCAAAUCGUGCGGAUACGUUAAAUGUCUAGCUUAGAGUGAUUCUGAUCAUUUGUCCUUCUCCAAGAUAUCACUGAAUACAAUUAAUGGGGACGUCAAAUUUGCUGCCUUAUAGAUUAUAGCGUCCUAAAAGAGCCCAUAGGCCUUUUCUAGGUUCCUCUUUGCAUUGUAGUCGCAUUUUUCAAGUAGUCUUCAUGGCACAAGGUUACAUGUGUGGGCCGAUCGACUUCUGCGGCAGCUUCUGCUCAACUUAAUUAGACACAGCGAGUCUGAUAUAUAGGUAUAACUGUGUACAUUCGUCUUAAACUUAACAAGUGCGAAACUAGAAAUCUUGGACCUGAGACGUUGUAAAUUACACCAGUUUUGCCAUCUUUGUUACGAAUACACAGAUAUCUAUGUGCAACUAAAGUCGACGUUGCUAGUUACACUUCUUCUGUUUUCAAUAUGCACCAAAAAAAAACUCUAAUCGAAUAUUUACUGAUUAUGAUAAAAGAUGUAAUUGGCGUUUGCCAAAGAUGAGGGGCCAAAUAGGUGUAACAUAUAUGUGCAAAGUUUACUUUUCACUACUCAAAUUUUUUAUUACUUUUAAAGGCUUCGACUUCCAUCAAGGAAAGUCAUCGUAUCUUCGCCGUACCAGUCACGAUUUUACCUAUCUUUGUUAACGCCUUUAACAUAUUUGUUUACUCUGUAAAAGAUACACAAUUUCAUGCAAAACUCGUAUUAGAUCAUCUUAACGUUCUCGACUUUGUAAGUAAAAAUCAGCAAAAGCAAGACGAUCAAUUGCUAUCGGGUCACUAUGAAAAGCAAUCGACAAGAAAUAUUAGCUAAGCUGAGCGGUGACGCUCUUUUAAAUUAUACCGGUGUUGCAAUGCCUAUGAUAGAACUAAGCUAGAUCCAAAAUAUUGCCCUUCCUCUAGGAAAGCAGAAGUACGUACUGUUUGUAAUAGAUUAUAUCGUAUACAUAAGAAUUUAAUGUAUACAUAAUGGUGUAGUGGUUUAUUUAGUUAUCAUCUAAGUGAGCGCUAGAGUAUCUUAAUUCACCAUCAGUAAAGCUAUCUUAAGGAAGCAUAUAAACUUGUCAACUUACAAUAAUCGAAUUAAUAUAGUUGCCAAGUAUUUUCCGUCCCUUGUGUACGCCUGUUGAUACGCUAUCUUUUGUAAGGGUUGUACUUAACGUCGGGCGUUUUCAACUAUCCGGUUUGGGCUUUUUUUGGAUCUAGCAUUUUGAUGGGCUCAUAAAAACAGGGGCCAAAUUGAACCGGAAAACUUUCGCAACUUAAAUUGCUAAAUUCAUUCUAUAUAAGACACCUUUAUUAAUACGAACGAAAAAAAUCUAUUAAUAAAUAUACAUAAUUAAACAGCGCUGAUAUAAAUCAACAUAAAGAUAGAUAUAAGGCGCCCCUCAUCCGCCCAUAUAAAAAUAGGGAGUAGUAAAUUUGCCCAUGUCCCUUCCUACCAAGAGGAUAUGAUUUGUUUGAGGUAUAUCAUUUUUCAAAUGAUCCCUUAUUCAUUUAUUAUAUCCUAAACGAUCCUCAAAAUAUUAAUGAAACAAGAGACAUAUUCCAGGCAAAGGGUACAUUUGAACAGGCAAAAGACGGGUUAAACAAAUAAUAGCUGAUAGAGAAACAUUUUUAUUAUUCGUGUCAUAAUCAUCAAGCUGUUAUUAUUAAUUUCUAUGUUAUACAAUAGUUUAUUGAGUGAAGAACUUGAAUCUUAGUUGAAUUACUUACGUCCGACAAUAGUGACGAGGUACGAAAGCGGGGCGGCAGUUCAGGGCGCGAAUGGGACGAAAUGCAACAUAAGUGCCAACGUCGAGUUUAUAAUAACAAGCGUAUAAAUAAUGAUAUACAUAUUAUAUUCAAAUAGUAAAUGAGAACCAUUAAUUGACGACGACGAUGAUGAUGAACACUGGUAAUUAUAGUUAUGACAUUAAUAUUAUUAUAAUUAUUAUAUAAUUAUAAUAAUAGGCAACCUGUAAACAACAUACAAAACAGAUUUAAACACGAGCGAACAAUGGAUACCAGAAUAUAUCUAUACAGAAUAAGAAAAAUCUCUCUCUCUUUCUAUA